GUUAAAACCCAUUUCCCCCUUCGUUGGUUACAAGAUGCUGACAUUGUUAUAUUUAAGAGAGGAAUCUAUCGCUUCCAGGAAUGCCGUUUUCUCGUGAUCACAACAUAUAACUACUUUGCACAUCUCCACCAAAACUCAGCCUGAAGCCACAAUUCGCAGUUUCACUCUCUCUCUCUAGCUUCGGAGUAGUACUAUUCUUUUACAUUUUUGCUUUUUUGAACAUAUAAUCGAUUCGAGAUUGUUUCCAGUUUAGAUGCUUCAUGAUGACUUCCACCGGAAACUGUUCGUUGAUUUGUCGUCCUCAGUCGGAAUCUUCCUGUGCGUCGAUGAAGUUACGGAUUUUGAAGCUACCGGCGUGUAAUUGCAAAGCUAAGUCAUUGGGCUUCAACAUUACCGGUGUCGAGAUGAAAACCACCUUCAUAACUCCUGUAAGGAAAACAGAGACUUCUACAACGGUUCAUAUCAUCGGAAAAAUCCGAAGUUCUCAUCAGCCAGGAUACAAUUCAAACGAUGAAAUGAGCGGAAACGAUUUUCUUGGCUUUUCUGGUAAAGGUAUACCCCUGAUUUCUACAAAAGGGAAUUCAACAAACAUUGUUUGGCACAAAUGCUCUGUAGAGAAAAGUGACAGACAGGAGUUGCUUCAGCAAAGGGGUUGUGUUGUAUGGAUAACUGGUCUCAGUGGUUCAGGGAAGAGCACUGUGGCAUGUGCUCUAGGUCGCGGUUUACAUGCUAGAGGAAAACUCACUUACAUCCUUGAUGGUGAUAAUGUUCGCCAUGGUCUAAAUCGUGACCUUAGUUUUGCAGCUGAAGAUCGGGCAGAAAAUAUAAGGCGGAUCGGGGAAGUGGCUAAGCUUUUUGUGGAUGCUGGAGUUAUUUGCAUUGCCAGUUUGAUAUCUCCCUACAGAGAAGAGCGAGAUGCCUGCCGUGCUUUACUACCUGAAGGGGAUUUCAUUGAGGUUUUCAUGGAUGUUCCCCUACAUGUAUGUGAGACAAGGGACCCUAAGGGAUUGUAUAAGCUAGCUCGAGCAGGAAAGAUAAAAGGUUUUACUGGUAUUGAUGAUCCAUAUGAGCCACCGCUGAAAUCAGAGAUAGUGUUGCGUCAGAACCAAGGGCUGUGUGAUUCUCCUAAUGACUUGGCUGAUGUAGUGAUGUCAUACUUGGACAAAAAGGGAUACCUGAAAGCUUAACUGUAGUGAUGUAGUGAUGUCAUACUUGGACAAAAAAGGAUACCUGAAAGCUCAACUGCUCAUGACCUAUCUUCAAGCGAGAUUUCGAGAGAUCUUAAGGAAGCAUAAAUGUUGAUUGAGUAGAUUAUACAAGGCUAGGAUCUGAUCGCAGAAACAAGCAUUGCAUUCAUGAGCCAAUCCAAAAUACAUACUUUGUCUUCUAAACUUGUCUCUAGAAACCCCAAACACACCUAAAGUUUGGGAGUAUCCCCUUACCUCGAAUCUUGUUCAAGUGAAGCUAAUCCCGAUGUUUAGUUUCUAAAAACAAGACCCAGAAUUGAGGUUUGGUUUUCAAAUCAAACAUGGGCUCUUGCUAUUUUAUUGAUAUGGAUUCUUCAUCUAACCAGUUGACAGAGAACAAAUAGACAAAAGAAUAGCAGAAUAAUGAAUAAACAAAAAUCAGAACUUAAUUUUGGAUUUGCAUACAGAAGUUGCAUUCUGGAAUUUGGUGAAAACUGAGAUGUCACAGGUGCUAACUGUUCUGGCUUUGAGCUUCAAGACUUUCCAUACAGUGACCUUCCCAUGUAAAGCGGUUGAUGAAGUAAAAUUCAAGCAACCAGAAAAUAGAUCUCCUAAGAAAUUAGGAUUCUUAGAGAAACCAUCUGAAUCAAUUAGCACAGUUGUGUUCACAUCAUGAUCUGCUCUGGCUGGAAUGGUGUCUGCUUCAAUUGGUGCUUCUGCUGCUGGAUCUCCGUGAUAAGUCACAUAAGCUCUGCUACUGUCAUACUUGAAGCUACCAUAAUUCCUGUUAUGGAUGGUGAGGAUUAGACCAAUUGUUAUGUUGAGGUGAAAUGCUGGAAAUGGCUCUAAUCUUACUGACUCUAAUGUGACAGACUUAGUUGUGACUUUUGGACUUUUUGGCUUAAGGAUAGUGAAAUACAGAGUAAUGGCAACUACAAGAAGAAUAAUUAAGAGAAUUGCUGCAAUGCCACAGCCUAUUUGGAGGGCUUUUUUUGUCCUUGAGUUGCAGCAUCCCAUGGUGCAGUUUCUGCUGAGAAGAAUAAAGGGAGAUUUAGUGGGUAUUUACACCAUGAGUGUUGAUGAUUACUCAUUGAAGGAUCAGCAGGUGGAGAUUAUUUCUAGGUGGCUUUGUAUUAACCAAUGAUUAAGAGGCUCAAUUCCUUAUGUUCAUGUUUUCUGAGAUUCUUUUGGCUGUCUCUGAUUUGUCCUUGUAAUGGUGAUGAUAACAAUAGAAGAAGAGUUAUUUAGUUGAGAUUGUACACUUAAAAGUUUCACGUGUUUUAAGCUUCUUGUUUGUAUCUACAAGUAAAUUGAGGGCU